UAUUUGUUUGUUUGCAGUAAAGUUUCUUAAACUGUAUUUACAUUUAGGAAUUCAUUAUUUUAUAUUAUUGUUUUGUAAUUUAAAACGAGUAGUAUUCAAAUGAAUUCAACUAGGUUUGAGCGAAUGAAGCUAAUUAUCUUAUAUAAAUAUAACGGACUAAAACAUGUACCGAUGCCGUCAAAACUACAAUCAUUAAUUAAAAUAUAUCUUGUUUGAUUACAACUAAAAUAGUACAUGAUUUUCGGAUUGAGUGAGUCGGUACCAAUCGACAUUCCUUGUGACUGUGACCACCUGCGUCUUACAAGAUCAUCAACAAAUUUUAAAUAAUAUCAACCAAUGGGGAGAAAAACUAGACUUAAACAGUAUAAUUGUUUCAAAUGCAGCUAUAAAACAAGCUCAGAGAGCUUUUUUAAAAUACACCUACUAAGACAUUCAUGUGAAAAGCCAUUCAAGUGUGCACAGUGUAGUUAUGCUUGUUCAACACAUAGAAAUUUAAAAACGCAUUUAUUAAUUCACACAGACGAGAAACCUUUCAAGUGCUCCCAUUGUAACUAUGCUUGUAGAAAUGGUUCAGCUUUAAAAAAACACAUUUUAACUCACACAGGUGAAAGGCCAUACAAAUGUAUGCAGUGCACAUAUAUGUGCUCAUCACGUAGCAAUCUAAAAACUCACUUGUUAAUUCAUUCUGGCGAAAAGCCAUACACAUGUUCAUUGUGUAAUUAUGCUUGCAGAGAAAGUUCAACUUUAAAGAAACAUGUAUUAACUCAUACAGGUGAAAGGCCAUUCAAAUGUACAGAAUGUAAUUAUGCUUGUGCCAGACAAGAAAAUUUAAGGACUCAUCUACUAAUUCAUUCUGGAGAGAAGCCGUAUAAGUGCACUGUUUGUGAAUAUGCUUGCAGGGAAAAAUCACAUUUAAAGAGACAUUUCUUAACCCAUACUGAUGAGAAGUUAUAUAAAUGUUCAAUGUGCAAUUUUGCUUCAAAAUCAAAUGAAAAAUUGACUAAACAUGAAUUAACGCACUUAAGUGAAAAGCCAUACAAGUGUUCUAUGUGUAGUUACGCAUUUAACGUCAGUGAACAGUUGGAUAAACAUCUAUUAACUCAUACAGGUGAAAAGACCUUUAAGUGCACACUUUGCAGUUAUGCUAGCACAUCAGGUGAAAGUUUAAGAAAACAUUCAUUAACUCAUUCAGAUGAAAAACCAUUCAAGUGUUCUGUGUGUGAUUAUGCCUGUAGAAGGAGUGGAGAUCUGAAGAGGCACUCUUUAUCUCAUACAGGAGAGAAGCCUUUCAAGUGUACCAAAUGUAGCUAUGCUUGCACACAAAAUAGAUACUUAAAGAAACACUUAUCAACUCAUGAAGAUGAAACCUCUUAGUAUUUCCUUAUGGUCAUCUAGAUUUGGGUAUAUAGUAAUAAGUUACCUGUGCAACAGAGCAUCACUAACCUUACAUGUCUUAAAAAUGAUGUUAUUAACUUGAAUAAUAGCCUAUAAACCAGUAUGGUUUCAACUAUAGACAAGGGCUCUUUGGUAUUUAAUUAAAGUUAUGUCAUUCUAUACAUUAUGUUCAAAUAAUAAAAAAACUAUUAAAUUUUUGGGUGAUUACCAGGUUUUUUUAUGAAUGUAUCUUUAAUGUUUUUGGCUCUAUAAAGUAUAAAUUAAAGCUGAAAAAUUGGUUUGUUAUGUUUAUUAAAGUUCUAUUCUGGAAGUCUUGAUGCCAUAUUAUUAAACAUAUAUUAUUAUUAAA